AUGGCGAUAACAUUCGUUCGCAGAGCAGCGGUGGGCGCUUUGAUGACCCUUGCCAGUGUCCCACACAUCCAAGCCCAGACGACCACGGUGGAAGUAGUGCUUCCCGGUUGGGACCAAGAGGCAUGGAAUAACGUAGAAGGCAGCAUCGUGGGAGUUGAUAAAGCUUUGACAACGUACCGGCUUCAAUGCGGGCCAGAUGCGCAAGAUUCGGACUGCAAGUUCUUGGACGGUCCCAUGACCUUUGCCGAGAACUCGGAGACUAUGACAUUCUCUAGGAGCUCAGCUGGUGCAUGGUCGAAGAACAUAAGCUGCGCUCUUGCAGGCACAACCAGCGCCUCGUGCCAUUAUUAUACAACAGUGGCAUCCGGGCAGCAACAUGGUACCCUGACUGGGCCAGACACUUACUCAGAGGCCAUCCAGUUCGCUGCCACAGGGGGUGAACUGGCGUGGGUCAAACUGGCGGUUGCGACCCCAGCCGAUCUCGUCAUCACUGUUACCGGCAGCGAUACAGGCCCGACUGCAACGGGGACGAGCAGCACUGGCGCAGGUCCUACUGAAACGGGGACAAGUAGCAGUGGCACUCCUACCCAGACGACGACACAAAACGGUGCAGGAGUGGCAAGGUGGACCUGGGGUGUCGCCUUCGGGAGUUUGAUGCUUUGCUCUUUGUUGUAG